GCAAGCUGGUGCAGAAAAAAAGUAGUCGCCGCAAACACGCACCCAAAAACCAUCCUUUUUAGAUGUGCGCUCUUAGGUGACAUUCAAGAUGCCUACGGUCGACGAUGGCUUUGAGGCUCUCCUGGAGCCAUUCUACAAUGGCAAGAAGCUUACAGAUCCUAUUUCCACAAAGGAGGACAAGUUCCAGCUCCUGCCAGCCUUCUUGAAAGUCAAGGGUCUCGUCAAGCAGCACAUUGACUCCUACAACUUCUUUGUGGAGCAAGAGAUUAAAGAUAUCGUACGCGCCAAUCGAACCAUUCGAAGCGAAGUAGACAGCAACUUUUGGCUAGAGUUCACAGAUAUCCGAGUAGACAGUCCUCGACGUCAAGAUUGGACAGACAACAAGUCACAUAGCGAAGUGACUCCCAUGGAGUGCCGCCUUCGAGAUAUGACAUACGCCGCGCCAAUCUUUGUCGACAUACAAUACAUCAGAGACAAGCAGCGAAUUGUGCGAAAGAAUGUGCCUCUUGGACGCAUGCCAGUCAUGCUCAAGAGCUCUAAGUGUCGUCUCGCCGGAGCCAAUAAUACGCAGAUGGAGGAGAUGAACGAAUGUCCACUUGACCCUGGCGGUUACUUCAUCAUUGGUGGUACCGAGAAGGUCAUUUUGAUUCAGGAGCAACUGAGCAAGAACCGCAUCAUUGUCGAGGCCGACGAGAAGAACAACAUUAUUUCAGCAUCGGUCACCAGUUCUACACACGAACGAAAGUCGAAGACCUACGUUACUCUGAAGAAGGACAGAAUUCUGCUCACACACAACGUCCUGGUGGAAGGUAUUCCGAUCGUAAUCAUCCUGAAGGCUCUGGGAGGAUUGUCAGAUAUGGAAAUCAUGCAGCUUGUUGCUGGAUCAGAUGGAAGAUACCAAGAUGAAUUCCUGGUAAACUUUGACGAGGCCACAAAGGCUGGCGUUUUCACUCAGCACCAGGCGCUGGAGUAUAUCGGAGCAAAGGUAAAGAUGGGUUCCCGCAGAGGCACAUUCGGUCCUCAGGUGCGCCGUAACCACGUCGAAGAAGGCCUCGAUGCCUUGGCCAACCUGGUCAUUGCCCACGUGCCCAUUGAGGGACUGGAUUUCUACCCCAAGGCCAUCUAUGUGGCUCAGAUGACCCGAAGGGUCCUCAUUGCCGCCCACAACCCCAAGUUGGUUGACGACAGAGAUUUCGUGGGAAACAAACGACUUGAGCUGGCUGGUCAACUUCUCUCACUUCUAUUUGAAGAUUUAUUCAAGCAGUUUACAUCUGGAGUCAAGAUGUCGAUCGACAAAUUCCUAAAGAAAAACAACAGGGCGGUUCCUCUCGAUGCGGUUCAUAUGAUUAGCAACCACGCCAACAACAUUGGAUAUGGAAUCAACCGAGCCAUUCAGACUGGAAAUUGGACUGUCAAACGCUUUAAUAUGAACCGAGCAGGAGUCACCCACGUUCUCAGUCGGCUGAGUUACAUCGCCGCUCUUGGUAUGAUGACCCGAAUAAGCAGUCAGUUCGAAAAGACCCGAAAGGUGUCUGGCCCUCGUGCACUUCAACCAUCACAGUGGGGUAUGCUAUGUACGUCAGAUACGCCUGAAGGUGAAGCCUGUGGUCUGGUGAAGAACUUGGCUUUGAUGACCCAUAUUACUACCAACGUUGAUGAAGAGCCUGUCAAACGGUGGAUCUUUACACUAGAUGCUGGUGUUGAACCUAUCCGCAAUUUCUCGGGUGCUGAGAUGCACCGUGAAGGAAGCUACAUUAUUCAUAUCAACGGUACUCCGUUCGCAUUAACUCGAUACCCGAAACGAUUUGCGCAAAAGUUUAGAACUAUGCGAAGGAGAGGUUGGAUCUCCCCUUUUGUUGGCAUCAAUAUCAACACACACUUCAACGCCGUCCAUAUUGCCACUGAUGAGGGCCGUAUUUGUCGACCUUAUAUCAUCGUUAAGAAUGGUAAGCAGAAGCUCAAGCCUGAGCACUUGCGAUUGCUUCAGAUGGGCAAAGCGACAUUCGACGACUUUCUGAACCGCGGAAUCGUGGAGUAUCUCGAUGUCAACGAGGAGAACGAUGCCCUCAUCACCAUUUAUGAGGACCAAGUGACACAGAGUACCACUCACUUGGAAAUCGAACCCUUUACAGUCCUGGGGGCUGUCGCAGGAUUGAUUCCCUUCCCCCACCACAACCAAUCCCCUCGUAACACUUACCAAUGUGCUAUGGGUAAACAAGCCAUUGGUGCAAUUGCAUACAACCAGUUCAACCGCAUUGAUACUCUUCUGUACACACUCGUAUACCCCCAACGGCCCAUGGUUAUUUCAAAGACCAUUCAGCUUAUCGGUUACGACAAACUUCCUGCAGGACAAAACGCCACCGUGGUUGUUAUGUCAUACUCAGGAUACGAUAUUGAAGAUGCUCUGGUUCUGAACAAAGCAUCAAUCGACAGAGGAUUUGGUCGUUGCCAGGUUUUCAGAAAGUACACGACGGAACUGCAGAAGUACCCCAACGGACGCAGAGAACGUAUCGGAGACCCCGAGAAUGAGGGCGAUGGCAAGAUUAAGCGCCGGAUCGCUAAGCACGAGGCAUUGGAUGACGAUGGUCUUGCAAUUGUUGGUUACAAGGUAAACAGCGGCGAGGCUAUGGUCAAGAAGGAGACGCCACUUGACCAGACAAGCACUGGCAUUGGGCUGGACCGUGGACCUGCCGAGUUCCGCGACUCAUCGGUUUCAUACCGAAUCGCAGAUCCCGCAUAUAUCGACAAGGUCAUGAUCUCUCAGACAGAGAAGGAUACCACAGUAAUCAAGGUUCAGACGAGACAAACUCGACGCCCCGAGUUGGGUGACAAGUUCUCGUCUCGUCACGGUCAGAAGGGUGUCGUUGGCAUUAUUGUUGAGCAAGAGGACCUGCCUUUCUCUGAUAGUGGAUUGAGCCCCGACAUUAUCAUGAACCCCCACGGUUUCCCUUCUCGAAUGACAGUCGGUAAGCUCCUUGAAUGUCUAACGGGCAAGGCCUCUAUCGUCCACGGCCGUCCUGACUAUGGCUUUGGAGAUGCUUUCCGUUCUCAUCCGUUGGAAGAGAUGAGUCAGGUGCUUGUAGACCAUGGCUUCUCGUGGGAGGGCAAGGACUACUUCACAUCGGGUAUUACUGGAGAGCCACUGGAGGCGUACGUCUUUAACGGACCUAUCUACUACCAGCGACUCAAGCACAUGGUGCAAGACAAGAUGCACUCUCGAUCCCGAGGUCCCCGAGCCAUCCUUACUCGUCAACCUACAGAAGGUCGUUCGCGAGAUGGUGGUCUGCGUCUGGGAGAAAUGGAACGUGAUUGCUUGAUCGCCUAUGGUGCUUCCCAGCUUCUGCUGGAGCGACUCAUGAUCAGCUCGGAUGGUACUGAGAUUGAUAUCUGCCAGCAGUGUGGUCUGUUCGGAUACAAGGGUUACUGUCACACAUGCAAGAGUACAAGGGAGGUUACGAAGAUGACGAUGCCGUAUGCAGCGAAGCUGCUUGUACAGGAGCUCAUCAGUAUGAACGUCGGAGUGCGACUCCAGAUGGAUGACGAGUUUCCCCACCCCAGAUAAUUAGGGUUACUUGAUGGAUAUGCAUAGAAUGGAGUUUUGGAACUUGUAUACCUUACAUAUAGCUAGCAUAGUCAUUUAUGAGGCGCUUAGGUAGUCUAGAGGUAUUAUUUUGGUUGCUUCAAGUUUCUAUCUAUACCCAUAUCUACAGUGAGUCUUAGCCUGUCGUGACUUUGAUAAUACAACUUUUGCCAGUGGCCGAUACACAACUUUAUAUACGCUCUUACUUCCAUGCUCGUUAUUGCUUCUUGGCAUUUUGAAUCUUGAUUGAUCUUAAUCCUCCCAUAGUAACUUCGAACUCGACCGCCCCGUCUAAGCCUUGACCCGUUGGAGGCGCGUGGGGCGCAAAUACAACUUUCAUCCACCUUCGCCAUCCUCUGAGUGUAGGUGCUGCCAAGUCAGAGUCGUCCUCUGCUGUAACUGGCGCAGCUUGUCUUAUACGGCCAUAGACAGGCCGCUUGAAGAGUGCAAUACGACAAGCAAUCUGCGUUGACCACACGAGGCCCAAGCUUGGGGUCUUGAGUGAAUAAGAAGCGUGGGGAUCAUCGCCCCAGCCUGUGAACCAACGUUGUUGAUGAUCAAGCAUUAGGGCGGGUGGAGGCGGAGGACCAUCGGGAUCUUGUAAGGCAAAGGGUAAUGAUGACGAGGGAGUGCCAGGAAGGUUUGUAGAUGAAGGGGGAGGCAUACUCCUUGAAGCGAGGGGACUCUCAUAAGCGACGCCACUGCUUCUAGGAGGUGCAUGUCGUGGUGUAGAGCUGGAUGCGAAUCGAUCAGCGACCUGGUUGGCUACAACAACAGCGAGAUUAUGCCGUCGAGCUAGAUCGCGAAGAAGGGCACCGAGACGAACGAGUUCAGCACUUCGAGCGGCCAUAUUAGAGCCGUGAGAGCCCUGACGUUCGAAUUCAGCACGAUAGUUGGCGGCCACUGAGUCGAGAAUGAUGAGGCCUAUGUUGUGACGGGACAGAAGUACGGGGACUUGAAAGUCGAGGAUGUGAUCUUGUGUCUCUAGAUCAGGUGUGACUGCGCUGCGAAUAGCAUCAAGUGAAGGGCGGGUUUCAGGAUCAUCGUAUUGUUGUAGAAUGGGGUUUGAGUUGAGCAUCUGGGCAAGACGGCUUGUGGCGAGAGCUGCCUCAGUUGAGAUGUAGAGAGCUUCACGGCCCAGACCAUGAGGCGGAGGAAGUUGGACAGCAAGACAUAAUGAUAGAAGAGCUUGUGUCUUUCCAGCACCGCUCUCACCAGUGAUUUCCGUUAUCACACCAACAGGCACGCCCCCUCCUAAUGCAGCAUCCAGACCCUCGUCAAGAGUACUGAU